AUGGUCCACAGUCGCUUCUUGAAGAUUUCGCACGCAUCGAAAAGGUAUCAUGACCCCGAGCACGCCCGUCUAGCCAACCUGAAGAUCGCCGCUGUACUGACACAAUGGCUUCAGAUUGCCCAUGAAGAGUUCGCUAUACCUAAUCUACCUCCACCAGCACCUGUUGUCAUCCCAUCCUCGGUGCCUCACCCCCCUCCAUCAGACUCGGACACAGAGAACUUCUUACCACCGCUGCCGUCCUCGCCGACCAAUCCACCAAGCACCACAUCCUCCCAGGACACGAAUAAGGAGAACACCCCCCUUGUGACGCGAGCUCUACCUCAAGUCACUUCCGCUCCUGCACCUCAUGUGCCGGCGCCAGUGCCUCUACCUCCGGGUACUCUCCCGAUCCAGAUCAGAGAACUUCUCGACGAGAUAACGCGCACGUUGACGGACACAUUUCCAGCCAAUCCACCACACACUAUUCAGCGGCUCGCGGAGCUGGUGCUCACCCCUAAGCACCACUACAAGUCGCUGCCAACAUAUUUGCACGCGCUGGACCGCGUGGUCCACGUCACCUCCGGCCUAAACGUCUAUCCGCUUCCGCCGGCCAUACCAGACAUGUCAACAACGGGUGGUCUGCUCUCCAAUGGUGUCUCUGACGGCUCUGGCCCCAACCCAUUUGCUACCCCGGGAAGCGACGAGGCGCUUGGCGGCGCUCUCCUCACUCCGAUCCCUUGGCUGCAGCCGCAUGGCCCAGAGACAAACGCCCUGUCGCCACCAAACUCGUCGUCGUCUCAAGGGGACUCUUCGACGGGGUCGGAUCGCGCAAACAGCGGCAGUGGUGCUCCCGACUCGACUCCCAGCGAGUCGCCCGAGCUGCGCACAGAGAGCACCGAGACCAUCGACGGUCCUAAUGGCAUGGGGAGCAUCGAGACAGUCACAGUCACGGUCAACGGACUGCCAAAUAUGGGAACUCGAGGAGUUGGCGUAACGCAGGGAGAAUUGUUGCGACAGGAACAACGCGCUGGUGUUGUGCCCGUUUCGCAACUGGCGUCGCAUCUCUCUUCGCACCAUCACCAUGCAGCAGCUGCCGCCGCCGCCGCUCAACAACGUUCUUCACAAGCCGCAACACCCAGUAGUACCGCCGUGGCGGCCGGAAGUGCCGUUGAGAGCGGGGAAGUAGUCGGCACGGUUCAGGGCGCCGACGAGGAUGAGAAGCCUCACGCUCGUGGUCCGGAGGAGAUUGGAGCCGAGGACAUGGGACCGCAGCCAGAGGGUGCCAGCAACACAAAUUAUCACGUAGGUGGGCCAGGUGCAAGUCUCGAAAUGCAAGGUAUCGAUGUUGAGGCUGCGGUCGGCCGAAAGGCGACCGAAUCACACUCAUCUCCAGAGCCCAAGGUUUCGGCUGAGUCCGCCUCUAACGGCGAGACAAAGGAUGCAGAGGAAAGCGACAAGAUGGAAGGUGUCGAGACGCCGAGCGCCAGAUCUGCCACUCCCAAGCGAGAGGCCGAGGAUGAACUCGAAGGCGAGCGCAAGAAAAUUAAGGAAGACUCUAGUGCUACGCCUGCAGAUGCUCAGCAAUCUGGAGCAGACAAUAAGACGACGGAAGCCGAGACAGAGGAUGCUCAGAAAGACGACUCAACCACGAGUAUUGAGAAGGAAAAAGGGAGUUCGGUGAAGGACUAG